AUGAAAUUUAGAAAACAGGCUGACCCUAUUGAAUUAUCAUUUUUAAUUGCUAGGAAGGAAAAUAAUGCAAAUGAUUGCAUUGAAGAAAAGUAUCAGAAUGACUAUGCAUCAUUUUUUACGAAAACACAGGUUCAAUUGAAUGAUAAACGUGAACAAACAGUUAAAAUAGUUUUAUUAUUUUUGAUAAUAAGUUCAUGCUUUUUUGAAAAUAUCUUUAAUAUGAAUAUAUAUACUAUGCAAGAGGGAUUAAACAAGGGAAACACACAAUCAUCUUCACUAAUAAAGGGUUUUAUAAUAAUAAAUCCCAUAAUUCCGAUAAUAUUUGGAUUAUUAGUUGAAAAAUAUGAUGCAGGAACAUCACUAUUUCCUAUAUAUUUAACAGGAAUUAUAUUUUUUAGUCAAUGUAUUUCUAUUAUUGCAACACUUUUACAUUGGAAAUAUAUUGUUAUUUUAGGAUUGUUUGUAUCUGGUCUUUGCAUGAAUCCUCUUGUUAUAGUUCAAGAAACACUUUUAAUUGAAACAUUUCAAGAAGAUAAUUUAGGUUUCUAUAUUUCAAUUAUGUUAAGUGUUGGAAAAUUGAUUUCUUUUAUUUCUUCUUUUUUCAUAAACACAUUUAGUGAACAUUCAAUAUAUCACAUAAAGAUACUUUUUAUUGUUUCUUCUGCUUUGUCGCUCUUUUCUUUUUCAAAACGAUGCCAAUUUAUUUUUGGUGUUGUAUUUGGUACGACACCUUUUAUCUAUUUUCUAAACAAAAUUGAAUAUACACACUUUCUAAAAAAUAUUACGGCGACUGAUAUUUCAUCUGCAAUUUUAUUGUUAUCAGUAGCUUUAUACCCCAUAAUAGGAUGGCUCAAUGAUAAUUAUGGUCAUCGUCUUGUAAUAUUAUUAAUUUCAUUGUUUAUGUCUCUAAUAAGUUUCAUCUCUCUAUUAUUACCAAUCAGAUAUGAUACGUUUUUUAUUACUUUAUUUUCUGUCGGGCAGAGUGUGUCAUCUAUUAUUUUAGUCCUGCUAACUAUAUAUAUUUCAAAAAAUGCAUCAACAAUAUUCGGAUUUUGUAAGAGUAUGGAAAUAAUUGGAAAUGAUAUUAUGCAAUCUGUGAUACAUAUUAUAUUAAAUUUCAAUAAAAAGAAAGAGCUAACUAAUACUGAUAUUAAUGCUAUUAUUAUGCUUUUUAGUAUCUUAAAUAUGUUUUCAUUAGUAUUUCUUGCUGCAUUCUAUCGAGAUGACAAUAUUUAUAACAAGAAAUAUAUUAAUCAUUGUCUUUAUAACUUAUUUCAUAAAAAGUCUAAAAUGAUGUAUCAAGACAUAAUAUUUAGAUCAAAAGAAAUUGCAUUAAAAUUGACUCAAACUUAUUUAGGAUUUAUUGUUACAGGAUUGAUUCUAAAUUGGAUAUUAUAUGUUAAAGUAUUUUCAUAG